AUGUCGCAACAUAUAAAGACAGGCCAUCUUCGUUAUUAUUACAAGGGCUUAUUAUCGAGAAAAUGGAAAGAUUUUUAUUUCGUUCUUUUUGAUGAUUCAACAUUACAAUGGUAUGAAAAACAAAAUGAUCGAAAACCAGAAGGAUCAGUACGUAUUCGUGAUAUAGCAAAAAAUCUUUGUGUUGGACCAUAUACGAGAUGUUUACCAAAUCGUCCACCGUUUCCUCGACCAACGGAUGAAGCUAAUCUUAUUGCUUUACCAAAAGCUUCUCCUGGACAUCGUGACCCAGAAGUCAUAUGGAUUCUUUGCAAUGAUGUUACUCAUCUCAAUGAUUGGAUGAAAGCCAUCGUUUCGACGUUACCACCACCACCUCAACAAAUUCCACCGCCACCUUCUCAAACACAAGCUGGCGCUUAUCAGCCGUCUGCUCCUCCAGGUGGCGCUCCGCCACCCUAUUCAUCGUCAUCAGGUGGUUAUCCUCCACCACCACAACAACGUCCAGUAUAUCCACAAUUGCCAGGUAAUCAACCACAACAAGCAUACCGGCCAACUUACGGUGGUUCAACUGUACCACAGGGUCAACAACCAAGUUAUAAUCAUACAACAGUAGUUGUUCAACCUUCACCUGCGUACGGUGGAGGAAGUGGUGGUGGCGGGGGUUAUGGUGGAUAUCGAGGAGGAGGCGGCGGUGUGGGUGGGAGUUCACUAGCUGGCGUAGGAUUAGGCUUGGCUGGUGGAGCGUUACUAGGCGGUGCUCUUGGUUACGCAUGGGGAGGAGGAUUUGGUGGUCAUGGAGGUUGGGGUUAUGGAAUGGGACCUGCUGGAAAUUAUGGUGGCUAUGGUGGAUGGGGUGGAGGUAAUGAUUCGACUGUUAUCAAUAAUUAUUAUGACAAUGAUACAACAAAUAACUAUGAUCAAAGCACAACACAUAAUGAUUAUUCAGCAACAAACGAUACAAAUAAUUUUGAUAAUGGUUAUCAACAACCUGAUAGUUUUCAAUACGAUACAAAUAAUGGUGGUGGAGAUGUUGACUAUGGAAAUGCAACAGAUAAUUAUGGUGGCGGUGGUGAUUAUGGCGGUGGAGACAAUUUCGGUGGUGGCGACGAUUAUGGUGGUGGUGAUUUUGGCGGUGGUGACUUUGGUGGUGGCGAUUUUGGUGGAGGCGACUUUGGAGGAGGCGACUGGUAA